AUGCCUUCUUUAUCCAUACAUAUCCUAUCCUGGGCGCUCUGCCUCUCGUCUGGAUUCCAGCAAGGCUACAUUGCAUCGGUACUGAACCAACCAUACUUGCAAAUACAAAAAUUUAUUAAUCAGUCAUGGAUCGACCGUACAGGCUCCCCUCUGAGCUCGUCAACGCUGGACAUGAUGUGGUCAUUUCUGAACGUCUGCUUUCCGAUAGCCAUGAUUUUUGGCCAGUUUCUGGCAGCGGUUAUGUGCAAAAAGAUCGGAAGGAAAGGAACUGCGCUCGUGGCAUGUGCAGUAUACAUCCCAGCAACCUUGCUUAGUGCUGGAGCGAAGCUCUUCCAUUCGUUUGAGCUCUUAUAUGUGGGCAGGAUUCUGUGGUCUUUGGCUAAUGGGGUGAACAGCGUGAAUGCAACCGUAUGGAUUGUCGAAUGUGCACCGCCAAAUAUUCGUGGUAGAAUGGCGGCGAUGCAGGAGUUCUUCAUGGCAGCUGGCUCGCUGGUCACACAAGCAUUGGGUGUACCGUUCUCGGAUGACGUGCUCUGGCCGUGGAUCUUUCUUCCGAACAUCGCUUUCGUGGUUGUAUCGUUGAUCAUGUUUCUUUUUCUCUACGAGUCUCCUCAAUACAUCAUGCAGAAGGGCGAUACCGAGAAGGCAAGGAAGGCCUUGGCAGCGUAUCAUGGGGUCAGCGUGGAGGAUUCGUCACUGGACUCGGAAAUACGAAUAUGUGAAGAAGCCAUAAAAAAGAAAAGUGGAAAACAGAAGGGAGCGUCUGGAGGAAUUGAAACCGAACACGACUCAAUCACCAUACUCUUCAUGCCAUGGAAAGCUCGCGAUCCUGUCUCCCAAGUGGUGCGCCACGGUGCAUGGCUGGGCGUCAUGGUGAAGAUAGCCUACGUAUUCACGGGAGCAAGAUGUCUUCGAGCGUACAGUACUUUUGUGUUGCACUCUAUGGGUGGUUGGUCACAUAGUGCAGCUUUGAUGGAAUCAUUAAUUCUGGGCAUAGUUCGACUUCCUACUACAUUGAUCCCGAUCCUUCUGGUAGAUCGAAUCGGUAGACGACCGAUGCUCAUAGGAUCCACUGGAAUAUGUUUCGUUUCACUUCUUCUGUUGUUGGCAGCAAUCGAUAUCGGACCAAGCUGGAAGAUAGCGACAUUGAUCGGACUCGCCACUCUACUUCUGAUCAGCGCAUGUGGAAUCGGCUCACUUUCUCGAUUCUACUCUGCCGAGCUCGUCCCCCGAAGCAUCCUUCUCUCGUCCGUAUCAAUCCUUACAAUGUUCGAAGCUCUUACUAAGAUUGGAGUCGAAUUCGCCUUCUACCCGCUAGCUAACGUGAUCCAUGGGCAGUCUAUGUUCUUGUUUCUAGCUCCCACUGGCGUAUUCACGAUUAUGAUGUGGAUGUGUCCGGAAACAAGCAGGCGAUCGGUGAAUGAGGUAUUAAACGAUAUGGCUCAGCGAAAGAAGCUCGACGUCGUUUUCCCUACGUAA